UUUGCAAACAAGGGAGGAGGGUUCGGCAGUCGCAAAGAAUACCUCAAGAUCGCAGGCAGGAGAACAGAGAGACCAGACCGGAUAUACCUUCUCAGCCGACCGAACCGACCGACCGACCUGAAAAGAUUCGAUUAGAGCUGAAUCAAUUUACUUUCGGUAGAUACACGAAUCAGAGAUAUUAGUAUCAGAGGAGAGAUGGGGAAUCAAAAGUUGAAGUGGACGUCCGAGGAAGAAGAUGCCCUGAAAGCUGGAAUCGCUAAGCAUGGAACCGGCAAGUGGAAGAACAUACUCAAAGAUCCUGAUUUUGCUCACUCUCUUAUUCAUCGCUCCAACAUUGACUUGAAGGAUAAGUGGAGAAACAUGAGCAUUAGUACUUCCUUACAAGGAGGAGGAGGAGGAGGAGGAUCUAAAGAGAAAGUAAAAAUCUGUAGGUCCAAAACUCUUGCACUUUAUCCACUUCCCAACAUUCAGAAUUCUGCUUCUGCUUCUGCUGUGGCUUUAGUUCCUGAUGAGGAUAUGGCUGAUGAUCCUCCCAAAAGUAUGCAGGAGACUACUAAGAAUGCUCCUGCUGCCCCAGGGCAUCAUCAAUCAAUGGUAUUUGAAGCACUUGCAGCAUUAAAAAAUCCUAAUGGAUCUGAUAUUGGUACCAUUGUAAACUACAUUGAGCAAAGGCAUGAAAUACCUCAAAAUUUCAGGAGAUUACUGAGUUCAAAAUUAAGGAGGCUUGUUAUGAAGGGAAAACUUGAAAAGGUGCAAAACUGCUACAAGAUAGCCUCCACUGAGACAGCAACUGCUCCAGCUCCAGUUGCUGCUCCAGCUCCAGUACCAGCUCAGGUUCCGAUUCAAGCUACACCUAUAAAGAUGGUUCCACCAAGACAGAAAGAUGUUAGGGCAGCACGUCUGGUGCAGAAUAUGUCUGCAGAAGAGACUAUGGAGGAAGCUGCAUUAUCGGCUGCCUAUAUGAUAGUAGAAUCAGAGAACAAGUCAUUUGUUGCAGCAGAGGCAGUUAGGGAAGCUGAAAGAGUUGCAAAGCUAAAUGAAGAUUCUGAAUCCCUGCUGCAACUAGUCAAAGAAAUUUACGAAAAAUGCUCGCGAGGUGAAAAGGUUCGUUUGGCCGUUUAAUUGAAGGAUUAUGUUAGGCAUUUGAAAUCCAUCUAGUUUCAGAUUGUUGUGUAUAUACUUACUAUUCACUUUUCCAAACUACAAAAUAAUUUCAAUUCUAUUUUGUAUCUCAAACUCAUUACCUUUA